CUUAAGGAACAUCCAAGAACUCUCAAGAAAUUGAUUAAUGCUGAAGACAAUUAUGGUGGGACAGCGCUGUACUGGGCUGCUAAAUCUGGUCAGUUAGAUGUAGUCAAAUGGCUGGUGGAUGAGAAAGGAGCUGAUGUUAAUGCUAAAGACAAGGAUGGUAGGACAGUACUGUACCAGGCUGCUGCAUCAUUUACUGAUCAGUUAGAUGUGGUCAAAUGGCUGGUGGAGGAGAAAGGAGCUGAUGUUAAUGCUAAAGACAAGGAUGGCAGGACAGUGCUGUACCGGGCUGCUGAAUCUGGUAAGUGGGAUGUGGUCAAAUGGCUGGUAAAUAAAGGCGCUGAUGUUAAUGCUAAAGAUAGGUAUGGCAGGACAGUGCUGUACGAUGCUGCUGCAUCAUUUACUGGUAAGUUAGAUGUGGUCAAAUGGUUGGUGGAUGAGAAAGGCGCUGAUGUUAAGGCCAAAAACAAUGAUGGUGAAACAGUGCUGCACAGUGCUGCUAAAUCUGGUAAGUUAGAUAUGGUCAAAUGGCUGGUGGAUGAGAAAGGAGCUGAUGUUAAGGCUAAAGACAAGGAUGGCAGGACAGUGCUGUACCGGGCUGCUGAAUCUGGUAACUUGGAUGUAGUCAAAUGGCUGGUGGAUGAGAAAGGCGCUGAUGUUAAGGCUGAAGACAAUGAUGGUGAAACAGUGCUGCACUUUGCUGCUGCACUUGGUCGGUGGGAUGUAGUAGAAUUACUGGUAAAUAAAGGAGCUGAUGUUAAUGCCAAGAACAACUGGUAUGACAGGACAGUGCUGCACUUUGCUGCUGCAUCUGGUAAGUUAGAUAUAGUCAAAUGGCUGGUGGAUGAGAAAGGCGCUGAUGUUAAUGCUAAAGACAAGGAUGGCAAGACAGUACUGCACAGGGCUGCUGAAUCUGGUAAGUUAGAUGUGGUCAAAUGGUUGGUGGAUGAGAAAGGCGCUGAUGUUAAGGCUAAAACCAAGUAUGGUGAAACAGUGCUGCACAGGGCUGCUACAUUUGGUAGGUUAGAUGUGGUCAAAUGGCUGGUGGAUGAGAAAGGCGCUGAUGUUAAUGCUAAAAAGUAUGGUGAAACAGUGCUGCACUUUGCUGCUGAAUCUGGUAACUUGGAUGUAGUCAAAUGGCUGGUGGAUGAGAAAGGCGCUGAUGUUAAUGCCAAGGACAACUGGUACUGGGAUGGCAGGACAGCGCUGCACAGUGCUGCUGAAUCUGGUAAGUUAGAUGUGAUCAAAUGGCUGGUGGAUGAGAAAGGCGCUGAUGUUAAUGCUAAAGAUAGGUAUGGCAGGACAGCGCUGCACUUUGCUGCUAAAUUUGGUAAGUGGGAUGUAGUCAAAUGGCUGGUGGAUGAGAAAGGCGCUGAUGUUAAUGCCAAGGACAACUGGGAUGGCAGGACAGCGCUGCACAGUGCUGCUGAAUCUGGUAAGUUAGAUGUAGUCAAAUGGCUGGUGGAUGAGAAAGGCGCUGAUGUUAAUGCCAAGGACAACUGGUAUGGCAGGACAGCGCUGCACUGGGCUGCUAAAUCUGGUAAGUUAGAUGUAGUCAAAUGGCUGGUAAAUAAAGGCGCUGAUGUUAAUACUGAAGACAAUGAUGGCAGGACAGUGCUGCACAGGGCUGUUGAAUUACUUGAUCAGUUAGAUACGGUCAAAUGGCUGGUCGAUGAGAAAGGCGCUGAUGUUAAUGCUGAAAACGAGAAUGGUGAAACAGUGCUGCACGAUGCUGCUGCACUUGGCGCUGAUGUUAAUACUGAAGACAAUGAUGGCAGGACAGUGCUGCACAGGGCUGUUGAAUUACUUGAUCAGUUAGAUACGGUCAAAUGGCUGGUAAAUAAAGGCGCUGAUGUUAAUGCUGAAGACAAUGAUGGCAGAACAGUGCUGCACCAGGCUGUUAAACUUUAUGAGUGGGAUGUAGUCAAAUGGCUGGUCGAUGAGAAAGGCGCUGAUGUUAAUGCUGAAAACGAGAAUGGUGAAACAGUGCUGCACGAUGCUGCUGCACUUGUGCUGCACAGGGCUGCUACAUUUGGUAGGUUAGAUGUGGUCAAAUGGCUGGUGGAUGAGAAAGGCUCUGACGUUAAUGCCAAGGACAAAAAUGUGGAAGAACAAAGAAGGAAUAUAGGGUUAGAAGAGGCAUCUAGCUCUGGUGGUGUUAGUAAUGCAGGAGCCUCAGGUUCAGGUUGCAGCGGCGGGAGUAAUAGUGGAAGUAGUCCACAUCCACAGAGUCGUAAAAAGCGAGAGUUAGGGCGCUGUGUGGAAGAAGAAAAACCAAACCGUUUUUUCUCUUACGAGCCUUUGGAAGCAGCUCAAUCCACCAGCACAGAGCAAUUUCACCAAGCUCAAACAUAUGUCCAGCUAGCAAUGGCGGCCUCUUGGAAGCAUCCUGAGCAAUUUUCUGCCAAAGGAUUAGCAGCACUUUAUGCUAAUAGCCAUAGCUUCGCAAAGAGUCAAGCGCAAAGAAACUUCUAUGUUGGCUUUGACCCAUGUGAAGGAGAUAUGAUGCUAGACUUUAGAAGAUCAGGAUUACAGCAGAUAGAUAAGAUUAACCGAGAACAUAAUCCUAACUACCCACUUAAUGUUGAGAUUCUUCAAGCUAAGGGCAAAAAAGCAAACUACAGUAGAAUUGACAUUAGGCCAACGGUACGAAUCUUUAAUAUUGGCCUCUUAGGUAACCUCAUUGUUAACAACAGCCAAACAGAAUUAGAUGUUAAUGCUCCUAAAAUCCCGCAAGAUUUAGAUAGUACUAUAGAGAAUAUCAAGAACUUAUUCUCUACUUCUGAAGACUCUGAUAGUGGUUAUGAUGAUGAAGAGGAGGAAGAGGAAUAUGAUGAUUAUAACGAAAGUGAUGAUAACAGGAAAUCUAUAGAAACUAGUCUUGAAGUCAAUAAGAUUCUAGAGAAAGAGAUGGAAGCUCAUAUUGGUUAUGAGAAACACUCCAAGGAUGAGAAAGAAUCUGAUAAUAGGCGUAACGGCAGUUAUGAGAAGACCCUAAUAGAUGAAGAAGGUCGCAAUAUAACAGUAGAUGUUCCAAGAGACAGGGGAGAGAAUUUGAGCCUCUAUUAA